CCAGGCUAAGCUCAUAGUUUAGUUUUGAACAGUUUCCAUGGCUAGUGCAUUGGAGCAGCAGCUUCACUUUGUUGUGUUUCCCUUCAUGGCUCAAGGCCAUAUGACCCCCAUGAUCGACAUAGCUAGAUUGCUGGCCAAGCGAGGCGUCGUCAUAACCAUCGUCACAACGCCUCGCAACGCCGAUAGAUUCCGAGUAAUCCUCGAUCGUGCCGUGGAAUCGGGGCUCUCGAUCCGUCUAGUCGAAUUCUCGUUUCCGUGUGCCGAAUUCGGAUUGCCGGAAGGGUGCGAGAGCUUCGACAUGCUGCCUUCCUUCAGCUUAGCCUUGAAUUUCUUCCAAGCAGCCAACACGCUAGAAAAGCCCGUCCAAAAACUGUUCCAUGAGCUAACCCCACCACCCAGCUGCAUCGUAUCCGAUGCCUUGUUCACUUACACACACGGCCUCGCCAACCAAUUUCGGGUGCCGAGGAUUGUGUUCCAUGGAGUAUGUUGCUUUCUCCUUCAUUGUCUCCAUUGUUUACGCGUCUCCAACGUUCUCGAUCGCGUAAACUCGGAGACAGAGUACUUCGUUCUGCCUAACAUCCCCGACAAAGUUGAAUUCACUAAAUUACAGCUCCCACAAUUCAUGUAUGAAAACCUCAAGGAAUUUUCCGAGGAAAGGAAGAAGGUGGAUCAAGACGCGUACGGCGUCAUCGUCAACACUUUCGAAGAGAUGGAGCCUGCAUACGUUAAUGAAUUCAAGAAGACAAGGGGGGACAAAGUAUGGUGCAUCGGUCCGGUUUCUCUAUGUAACAAGGAUGUCAUUGAUAAAGCUCAUAGAGGCAACAAGGGCUCGGUUGAUGAACAACAACGCUUGUUAAGAUGGCUUGAUUCCCAAGAAACAUGUAGUGUCAUCUAUGCUUGUUUGGGAAGCCUAUCGAAUGUGAUACCUUCGCAAUCAAUCGAACUCGGUUUAGGCUUAGAGGCAUCAAAUAAACCGUUUAUUUGGGUCAUAAGAGGAAGUGAUGCAUCAAAUGAAGUAGAGAGAUGGAUUUCGGUGAACGGUUUUGAGGAAAGAACGAAAGGAAGAGGCCUAGUGGUCCGGGGUUGGGCGCCGCAAGUUCUAAUACUGUCGCAUCCGGCUAUCGGAGGGUUCUUAACACAUUGCGGUUGGAACUCGACGAUCGAAGGCAUCUCGGCCGGGGUGCCUUUGAUAACUUGGCCGCUAUUCGCGGACCAAUUUGCUAAUGAGAAACUGGCUGUGCAAAUACUUGGAAUCGGAGUGAGGGUGGGAGUGGAGGAGCCAAUGAGGUGGGCAGAGGAAGAGAAGAUUGGAGUUUUAGUGAAGAAAGAAGAUGUUAAAGAAGCUAUUGAGAAGCUAAUGGAUGAAGACGAGAGAAGAAAGAGAGCCAAGAAACUUGGAGAAAUGGCAAAGAAAGCUGUGAAGAUAGGGGGAUCUUCUCACCUUAACAUUACACGGUUAAUCCAAGAUAUAAGGCAAAGAGUUGUGAAGCAAACUAGCACUUCAUGUUCAUUUUUGUUGAAUCUUAUUCUGAUAUAAGAA